GACGAAAACAUCGUGCUACCUCUGUUCCGUUUCCUUUCCACGACGAGCUAUUCAAAAUGCAGAAGAAACAAAAGGAACCGAUCCAGUCCGUGCAGGUCUUCGGACGCAAAAAAAGCGCAACUGCGGUUGCGUAUUGCAAACGAGGGCGCGGAAAUCUCCGUGUAAAUGGACGUCCUUUGGAAUUAGUUGAACCGCGUGUACUUCAAUAUAAACUGCAGGAACCCAUUUUACUGUUAGGCAAAGAAAAAUUUGCCGGAGUUGACAUUAGGGUCAGAGUAAAUGGCGGUGGACAUGUUGCACAAAUUUAUGCUAUCCGGCAAGCUAUUUCCAAAGCUUUGGUUGCAUAUUACCAAAAAUAUGUUGACGAAGCAAGUAAAAAAGAAGUAAAGGAUAUCUUGAUUCAAUAUGACAGAACUCUUAUGGUAGCUGAUCCAAGGCGGUGCGAACCAAAGAAGUUCGGUGGUCCAGGUGCUAGGGCACGAUACCAGAAAUCUUAUCGUUAAUUUCACAUUAUACUUAUUGCUUAUAAAGUGACGCCUAAGUAGAAGGACUGCCAGCGUGGAAUUGGAGGUACAUAGUUGCAAGCUUAUGUUACAAUAUGGAUUUCCAAUAGAUUGUGAACCCUGAAAACUAAAUUAUACUUGAUUAUAUUUUGUUACUAUAUAGUCGUAAAAUACAUCGAGUGAUAACGUGAUAUGAUAUAAUAAGAAAGCAUAUGUAUGACUGGCAGGUCCAUUAACUAUGUACAGAUAAAAGAAAAAAUUAUUUCCCUA